GAGCUGUUUGGGUUCAGCUCGCACAUGCCAAUGUAGCGACACGACGCCAGGAGCUCGGCGUUGAUGUCGUGGAUGCAUGAAGAGAACCGCGCGUGCCAAUAUGCAUCGAUUCUCGCGUGCGUGGGCACUGCGGCGGUGGCAUCCAUCAUCGUGUAUGCUGUUGGCCCAACAACUCUGCUGGCAGAAGCCUUGAGGAUGUUACCGGAUGAUCCUGGCUGGGGCUGGUUCAUUGGCUGGGCCUUGGUUCUGCUCAUCUCCAUUGUGCUCAUGCUGCCGAUGUGGCAAGCGCUUUGUAUCGCAUCAGGACUUAUGUUCGGUCUGGGCUACGGCACGGCGCUGAACUUCCUGGCGCUCUAUGGGGCGGCGGCGGUGAGCACCCUGCUGGGCGAGACCUUGCUGAGGGAGCCCAUCCGGCGGUGGCUGGCGGAGUACGAGGCCACGUUCCCGGGCCCGAUGAAGGCGUUGAAGUGCCUGGAGCGGGCGGAGGAUUCCUUGGAGGUUCUGAUCCUGUUCCGCUUCCUCUUCAUCCCCAUCUGGCUGCGGAACUACGCGCCCACCACGCUGCAGGUGGAGACCUGGAAGCUGCUGGUGGCGGCGCUGCCUCACUCCCUGUGGGUGUCCUUUAUCUUCGCGUCCCUUGGGGUGUCCUUGCAAGACGCGGAGCAAAUGUUUAACCACGGGGCAGAAUUCCAGCUGUACGACAUGAAAUGGCAGCACAUCUUGAUGUUUGCCGUCUCCUGCCUCACCUCCCUCCUCAUCUCUUUGUACGCCUACCGGAAGUACGUGGAGAUGACCAGCGACGAGGCGGAGCACUUGGUGCGAAAGGAGCCGUAAGACGCGCAGUCUGGGGACCUUUUUUGCCCGCGGGGUGCCUUUGGGGGACCUCUUUGUAGCAAAUGCUUCGCACGAGCGCACGGAUGCCGACGCGCGUGCCAAAUCGGAGAUGGAUGUGGAGCCUGUGUGUGGCACCGGUGUGAAACACGGUGCUGCAGGCGAAUUGUGCCAAGCGAAUCGAGUCGC